AGUUGUCCAAAUAAAAACAAAAAGGAAUGCAGUUGUUGCACCUUUACACAAUCAUUCACUUCAUGUCUUCUCUUUGGAUAGUAUUCUCCGCUGACUGCUGGAACUAUCCUACUAUCAGAUCUAAAAAGCAGCAUGAGAAGUUUGUUUCCGAUUGCGCUGGGCAAAAGAAGCUUGGUUUCAAAGACGAUGGUCCAAGUGUAUUCAAAGCUUCAUUCGUGUCAGAAAGCGAAUUUAAUAAGCUGUUUGGCAGAGCAGAGGAAAUUCGAUUAAGCAUCUAUAUGCAAAACACAAAUUUUGUGAAGCCAAGUUUAGAGCAACUGCAAAAGGUUCACGUGCGCGAAGGAGUACCAUCCUUCCGCAUUGAAAACAACGCCAACUUGGUCGACCUGAAAACACCAAAACAACCGAUAAAAGCUAUGCCAAAUGGCAGUGUUGUCAGUGUAUACUAUUUCGCAAACGGACGAGGGAAGGACAGGCAUGCUAACGGCAAGGAACCAUUUGCUGAGAUCCGCAAGCUAUGCCCCGUAAAAAGCGGGUGCCACAUUUACAAAGAUACAGAAUGCAGUCGGAUUGAUAAAGAAAUAACAGAUUUCAACAAAUUUGCUGACAAAUGCGCCAAUCAAUCGGUGAUUAAAGGAGCUCCAGGAUUCAAACUUAAAAUUGAUUUGGCAUCAUUUACCUCGCAGCAAGUUUUGGCUUUGUUCUCAAAGGCUGAGCAGCUAUUUGGCUGUUUCCGAUCUGUAGGGACAUAUCACAGAAAGAUAAAGUUUCCUCGUCUUAGACAUAUAGAAGCAUGUGACGAAGGUGAAACCGCCCUUCUCCUGGAGAACAAUCCAUUUCUAGAGGAAGUAAUAUUUCCUUGCCAUUUUACAUCUGACAAGAGCUUGAGGAUACGAGGAAACCACAUUUUGAAUGCAAGAAAUAUCAUGGCUAUGUGGACAGCCUGUCUUCAGUGUGAUCUGCAAGAUCCAGGAGAAGAUCGCAUCAAGAUUGACAAUGACAUCAAAGAAGUUUGCGAGAGCUUUCCAACUCCUAAAAAUAAAAAAGAUUAUGUGCGCCUCGUCAAUACCUGCAGUGGUGCAAAGAAACUGCUAUUCAACACCAAAGCUUUGGAGUGCUUCGAUGCUUCGUAUCUACCCCAGUUCAUGUUUGAAGAGCUGUUUAGGAAGGUUGAAGAGAUUAAUUUUGCUAUUAAUAUCAAAAGGACAAAGUACACCCGCAUAUAUCUUCCAAAUCUAAAAAUGUUCAACAUUUCCGAAAAUGGAAUGGUGCUAGAAGUCGAAGGAAACGCGGCGAUGGAGCACCUCAUUGCUCAUUAUGACAUGCAAGUGCCACCUGAUGUGCAGGGGACGGCUAAACUGGCGAAAAAUCCUGUUCUGUCGAAGAGUUUUUGGCAGAGGUGGAAUCGCACAGUUUGCAAAUAUUUUGAUUGUCAAUACGAAUGAGGUCAAAGAUGUGCUUCUAUCUGAGAGAUCUUUUCUUGUGCAUAGUUUCAGGUCAUUAAAUCUUCUCAAAUAGAAACGCUUGUGCAUAGGC